AUGAGCAUGUCUCAGCUGUACGCAAACCACUCCCUGCUCCAUGAUGACCAUGGCUGGCAGGAAGAACCAUUGAUCACCAUACACUUAGUGCCACUUUGCCCCUCCAUUCCACGGACUAGCACAGAUGAUGAAGCGGAGGAGGUGGAGAGUCAGGAAGAAGCCCAUGCGGCUGAUACAUCAUCUACUGCUACCGAGACCCAAGAACAUGCUGAACCUGAUAAAAUCACAGAAAAUUGGAAAGAUUUCCACAAGGCUCUGCAGUUCCAUGAUCCUAAAAACGCUGAUAUUAUUAGCAGAAAUCACCUCAGAAAAAUGUUAUGGGCCUAUUGUCCUUCUUUGUCUGAUGAGCAGUUUGCAAAAAUGAAACAGAUUGAAGAUCAAACUAACAAACAUACCAAGAAUAGAACUGUUAAUGAAGUAAUUGAAAGGCUGAAGGACAAUGUGAUACAACAGGAAGCGAGUAUUAAAGACAGCUUUCUUGCAUUCAACAAGCAAUCAAGUGGCAAAAUUAGUAAAGUUGAUUUCAGAAAGAUGUUGGAGGAUCAUGGGAUGCCAAUGGAUGCCAAUCAAUUUAAUCUACUAAUUGAAAAAUUAGGAUUCCCAGAUAGAGGGUUGAGUUAUCUUGAUUUUGUAGCUUCAUUUGAAGGUAGACCAAAACAGACGAGAAUGGAUGCAGAACUAGCUUGUGAUCAGGCUCAUUACUACCUUGUUAUCAAAGCACAAACCAGAUGGCAUGACCUAGCAAGGAACUUCCGUGAAUUUGACAGAGAAGGAAAUGGCAUUGUGCAGCCAAAGGAUUUAAGAAAUGUCUUGUACAGAUUUGCCAUUCCAAUCACCUCAACAGAAUUUGAGAAGCUUUGGGCAAGGUACGACACAGAUUUAAAAGGCUACCUUACUUGCCAAGAAUUUUUACAGAAGAUGGGGGCAGAGAUCAUACCUGCUGACAUUGGGCUAAGUAGCCAGAUAGCAGAAGACGACUGUGAAACCUUAAAGGCACGCUUCAGUAAUCAACAGAAGAAGCAUUCAAAGCUAGAAGAACAGCAGAAACAGCAAACUCAAGCCCUUCCCAUCAGUGAGAUUAAAAAGCAGAUCAAGUGGGAUAAAUUUAGGGAUUACUUCCAAAACUUCAACAAGGCCUUUUACAAGAUGGAUAAAAAUAGAGAUAGCUAUAUAACAAUAGAUGGCCUGUGCAGGAUACUGCAGGAAUUAAACUAUUCUCUCAAUGAAGAUUACUUAGGAAUCAGCAUUCAUGACAGCAAGCUCUCUUAUGUUGAUUUCCUGAGAGCCUUUGAUGAUAGCAGAGCAUCUAAAUACCAGCAGAGACAAAAGCAGGCUGCACCACCUGCUUUUUCCUUGUUUGCUAUGGAUGGCACUGGGUUAGUUAAAGUGCUGGAGUUCCAUCAGGUACUUGACCAUUUCUGUUUUAAAUUAUCGAACAAACAAUUCAGGCACCUUUUCAAGAAGCUGAAGCUCUGUGAACCACACACAGUAGAUUGGAAAAUUUUCUUGCAUAAUAUUCGCCUCCUCUCAGACGUGUCGAAGAAAGAUAUCCUUAUCCAGGUCCAUGAAGUAGUGACUGCUUGCUUUAACACCAUUUCACAAGAGUUUAAAGAUAUUGAUUGUGCAAAAGAAAAUACAGUAUCAAAGGAGGACUUCAGGAGGGUUUGUAACCAGCAUUUUAUGCUUCUAACUGAUGAACAAUUUGAAAACCUCUGGAACACAGUGCCUGUCAAUGCUGAUGGGAAAUUAAAGUACUGUGACUUUUUGAAGACAUUCAAUGCUGAAGCACUGACAAUGCCAUCAGACACUCCAGUUGCAAACAAUCCUGCAUCUGCCUCCAACUGUAGUACCCCUGCAGAGCCUGGGUCACAGUUAUCUUCUCAGCCUUCAUGCCCCAAAACAGCAUCUUCAGCUUUUGGUAGAAGCAAAACUCCAAUAUCCAGCCGACCUCAUACAGCAGUGGCAUGGUCCCCACCUUUGCUGAACUGUGAACCAAUAGAGAAUAAGAUAAGAAAGAAUAUUCAGCAUUCCUGGAGAGAAAUAUUGAAAGAAUGCAAAGAAAAGGAUGUCAGUCAGCUAGGAGAAAUCCCAGGGUCUGAUUUCUCAGCUAUAGUGGAGAAGUUCAAUUUGGAUUUAAGUAAAGAAGAAUUUAGCCAAAUAACAACAAAAUAUGACAUUAAGAACAAUGGAAAAUGUGCAUAUUAUGAUUUCCUUCAAUGUUGUGUCCUGUCAUUGAAACCUCAAGGAAGUUCAGUGUUACAAAGGAUGGUUGUUCAGAAGUUACGGGAGCCGAGGAGUCCUGGACCACAGAGUCUGACAUUUUUCAAGGCAAUGCUAAAAAUUCAGCCCCAGAUCUUGUACUGUUGGAGACCAAUGAGACGAUCUUUUAAAUCCUAUGACAAAAGUAGAACUGGACUGUUAAACAUUCAGGAUUUCAAACAGGUUCUGCGAGAGUACAGUGUCAACCUAUCUGAAGAAGAGUUUUUCCACAUUUUGGAAUUUUAUGAUAAAGCCUUAACAUCAAAAGUAUCCUAUAAUGAUUUCCUUCGGGCAUUCCUACAGUAG